GCGCGGGGUGGGGAGGAAAUAGCUUGAGGAGCAGCAUCCUGCUUUCGCUAGCGGUGGCGGAGGAGGAGGCAGAGGAGGCUGCUGCAGUGCCGGGGCCGGUUCGGCUUUAGAGUGUGGUGAAUGGUACUUUUCAUGGUGCAUGGAAGGAAAGCCAAUGCGCAGGUGUACCAACAUUCGACCAGGAGAGACUGGAAUGGAUGUAACAAGCCGCUGCACCCUUGGAGACCCCAACAAACUGCCAGAAGGGGUUCCCCAACCUGCCCGUAUGCCCUAUAUUUCAGACAAGCACCCUCGACAAACCUUGGAAGUGAUCAACCUCCUGAGAAAGCACCGUGAGCUAUGUGAUGUGGUGCUAGUUGUGGGCGCUAAGAAGAUCUAUGCCCAUCGAGUCAUUUUGUCAGCCUGUAGUCCCUACUUCCGAGCUAUGUUUACAGGAGAAUUGGCCGAGAGCCGUCAGACAGAAGUAGUGAUCCGAGACAUAGAUGAGAGGGCUAUGGAACUACUAAUUGACUUUGCAUAUACCUCCCAGAUAACUGUGGAAGAGGGCAAUGUUCAGACACUUCUGCCAGCUGCUUGCCUCCUCCAGCUAGCAGAAAUACAAGAAGCUUGCUGUGAAUUCUUAAAGAGACAAUUAGAUCCUUCUAACUGCUUGGGCAUCCGGGCUUUUGCUGACACACAUUCAUGUCGUGAGUUACUAAGGAUAGCAGACAAGUUCACUCAACAUAACUUUCAAGAGGUGAUGGAAAGUGAAGAGUUCAUGUUGCUUCCAGCCAAUCAGCUCAUUGAUAUAAUAUCUAGUGAUGAACUAAAUGUCCGCAGUGAAGAACAGGUGUUCAAUGCAGUGAUGGCCUGGGUCAAAUACAGUAUUCAAGAAAGACGGCCCCAGUUACCCCAGGUGCUACAGCAUGUUCGUCUGCCUCUGCUUAGUCCCAAGUUCCUGGUGGGCACCGUAGGCUCUGAUCCCCUCAUCAAAAGUGAUGAAGAAUGCAGAGACUUGGUAGAUGAGGCUAAAAACUAUCUCCUGUUGCCUCAAGAACGACCACUAAUGCAAGGACCGAGGACAAGACCACGGAAACCUAUCCGAUGUGGAGAAGUACUCUUUGCAGUUGGUGGUUGGUGUAGUGGAGAUGCCAUUUCGAGUGUUGAACGAUACGAUCCACAGACCAAUGAAUGGCGAAUGGUAGCUUCAAUGAGCAAAAGGCGAUGUGGAGUUGGGGUCAGUGUUCUUGAUGACUUGUUAUAUGCAGUAGGAGGUCAUGAUGGGUCCUCUUAUCUCAAUAGUGUUGAAAGGUAUGACCCCAAAACAAACCAGUGGAGCAGUGAUGUAGCUCCCACAAGCACCUGCAGGACCAGUGUGGGUGUGGCAGUGCUCGGAGGCUUUCUCUAUGCUGUGGGUGGCCAGGAUGGUGUGUCUUGCCUCAACAUUGUUGAGAGGUAUGACCCAAAGGAGAACAAGUGGACUCGAGUGGCUUCCAUGAGUACCCGAAGACUAGGCGUGGCUGUGGCUGUGUUAGGAGGGCUCUUGUAUGCCGUAGGCGGUUCUGACGGAACAUCUCCACUCAACACAGUGGAGCGCUACAAUCCUCAGGAAAACAGAUGGCACACCAUAGCCCCUAUGGGGACACGGAGGAAGCACCUGGGCUGUGCAGUGUAUCAGGACAUGAUCUAUGCUGUAGGAGGUAGAGAUGACACUACCGAGCUUAGCAGUGCUGAGAGAUACAACCCCAGAACUAACCAGUGGUCUCCGGUGGUGGCUAUGACGUCCCGCCGUAGUGGGGUUGGCCUGGCAGUGGUGAAUGGACAGCUCAUGGCUGUAGGAGGUUUUGAUGGCACAACAUACUUGAAGACCAUUGAAGUUUUUGAUCCUGAUGCCAAUACAUGGAGGUUGUAUGGUGGGAUGAAUUAUCGUCGGCUAGGGGGUGGUGUAGGAGUUAUUAAAAUGACACAUUGUGAGUCCCAUAUAUGGUGAACAUCUAGAAGACGUAUAUAUGCUCCUGUGUACUCCGGAGAGCUUUGACCUUGGAGCUCUGUACAGCUCGAGAAAACAUUAGAACAGAUUUUAUUCUUUGUUGGUGCCUCCACAUAUGGAAAUACAAAUAGAAUGAAAAUACUUCACCUGCAAGAUGCCAUCUUUGCACAAUAAUUUUCAGUUCUGUGCAGAAGAAUAUUUAUUUUUGGUUUUAAUUUAUCAUGUUUUUAUUUGUUGUUGGGUUUUUCUUUUUUUUUGUAUUCAGCCUUUCUCCCACCAAAAAAGAAAAAGGGGAAAAAAAGACAAAAAUUCCAAGCAGUGAAACUUUAUAUAAAGUUUGAAAAUACUAAUAAGGGGAGAAAGGCUGUAUAUGAUCUGGUCGUUAUUUCUAGGCACUCCAUCCACAUGACUCCAUUACUUAUCAGGACUACCAGUGACAAAGCUAGGUGUGCAAACUGUAUUAGUUAGCCAUCAUUCUUGCACUAAACACCAGAAGACUUGAAGAUCUAAAAAAAACAAAUAAAAAGGAAACAUCUCCUUUUAAAUAGUACAGUUCAAAAGAAAUAUUAAAUAGAUAAAGCCAGGACUAAGACAUUAAAGUUUUCAUCAGUGGAAGUUUGCAUCUUGUUUCCUUCCAUAUGAGCUUGUUUUCUGCUAUCUUUAGAUUUCUUUCAUAUUUUCAUAGAGUUUCUGCUCAGUGCCUCUAUAAAAACAAUAUCCGAUUCUCAUGUACUGUCCUGAGAAUCCUGCAAUAGACUCAUGUGCAGCUCUGCAAGAGUUUUUGCUCAAAAACAUAACUGACAGAAGCAGCCUCCCUUAUUUCCUACUGCUACUAAGGACCAGCAGGGAGACAUGUCACCUCCCUGGCAGAGAAUACUGCUGUGCAAUUUACCCUGGAUCUCAGGCCUGCUGAAGCUGAGGCUUACCUGAAAUCACACACCUCAGAGGAACAAAGUCUUCAGCUCAUGAAGAGUACGUGCUAAUGAGUGCAAAACUGAAUGAGGCAUUUUAUUAAUAAAAUAUUUGUUCUUUUAUACAAACUA